AUUGUAGACCACCUAAUAAAAAAAUACACGUGCUUUCGAGCAGCAAGCUAGAUUUUAGUGACUCGAAGUGCCGGGUAUCAGUGCAGGUUGCAAAAGUUACUUUGAACCUUUGUUAAGAUGGGUAAAAAUAAUCGACAUAAAAAGCAGUUGAAAUCCGAAAAAGCAAAAGUUAAGUUGAAAGGUGCGAAUAAGUUUUUACCGAAAGGUACGAACGUCACAGAUGCUAGUUUCAAGGCAAAAAAAAUCCUCAUUCGUGAACAACUUAAGGAACAUGAGGGCGAUCAAAUUCUUAGCCGUAGAAAACUUAAUUUGAAGGAAUUAUUAGUGAGACUGCAGCAUUAUAAUCCAUCUGUCAGGCAAGAUGCUAUUAGGGAACUGAAAGAUAUUUUAGCAGAGCAUGCUAUUAAUGAUUUAAAUAUUCAACUCAAUUCCUUAUUGAAAGGUAUAGCCGCUUUAGUUCUUGACAAAGAAAGACCUGUCAGGAGAGAAGCAUUGAAGGCUUUAAAUUUAGUUUUGAGUCCUUUAUCAAAGGAACAGAUCUCUCCAUUUUGUGAUAUUCUAGUUUCGUAUCUUACUUGUGCAAUGACCCACCUUCAUCAAAAUAUAAUGGAAGAUUCAUUGUUGUUUCUUGAUUUAUUGAUCCAACACUGUAGUCACUAUCUAGCUAAUAAUAGCAAUAAAAUUUUAUUGUACUUUUUGGAUAUGAUAUCAAAACUUUGUACUCAAGCUAAGCCAGGUAGAUUGUUAACAACUACCAUCAAUUCUAAGAACACUAGUAUGAAGUGGCGGUUAAAAGUUUUGCAUAGUUUACAGCAAUUUUUAUUUUGUGUUAUUCAGCAUGUUAAAAACUCUAUAUUAAAUUCUUCAAAAAGCUCAUGCAAGGAAUUGCAUGUGAAAGAUGACAAUAGAUAUUUUCCAAUAUAUGAUCAAACACAUUUACAAAUUUGGCGCCUUGAUUUAAUAAAAAAAGAGCAUAUAUUACAAAACAAAAAAGGAUCCUUGAAUCUGCCAACAUUGCAAAAAUAUAUUGAAUCGCUGAUGCCAUUGAUAUUUGACAGUUGGUUAGAAGUUUGUCCAAGCAGCCAAGAAAAUAAAAACUCUAGCCUUUCGCUUAGUGUAGAAGCUGCAUCAUUGUUAAAGUGUAUUACAAGUAUCAUUCAAUCUAUCAUAGAGUAUAUAGAAAUACUUGAAAAUGACAGUAGGGAAUCAGAUUAUAUAAGUGGAUGGUUCAAAAGUAAAUAUAAUAAAUCGUUGCAACAGAAUUUAAUGCUCAAUUUUCCAUAUGAAGAGCAAAAAUCUGGCUUCAGACCCAAGAAAUCUAAACAAGAACAACCAAUGCCAAUAGUACCAAUUGAUUGUGUAGAACAAAACUUGAAUUUGGCAUUUAUUUAUUUCUGGUUUGCCACGCCUAAUAAUAGAAAAGAGUCUAUAAAUUUGGAUAAAAAGUUAAAUGAUUGCUUAUUUAACUUUUUAAUCGAUACAAUUUCCAAUUGGUCUGGUAACAAUGCCUCUGGUAUUUCAUCUUUGAGUAAAGUUUUACAAAUUUUAUUUCUCAAAGCCAGCAUGACAAAUUACAAAGACAAAACUUCUGUAAUAAAUUUAUUUGAAAGCUGUGUAGAUGUUUAUAGUCAAGAAACAAAAAAAGAACUGCAUCAAAAUUUGUUCUCGAUUCUCUCAGACAUUGCUUUAGAUCACCAUCUCAGAUACUUACACGAAGAAAAAGCUUUUGAAACCUUUUUAAAAUCUAUUCCUGCACUGUUUCUGAAGAAUAAAAUACACAAGGUUACAAUAGAAAAAUUGAAUGCAAUCAUUGCAAGAUUUAAGCAGCACAUUCAAAAGGAAUUGCUUGAUAAUUAUGAUGCAAUAAUUGCGAAUUCUAAAACUAUUAACGUAAUUGGUUCGGAGAACGAAGAGAAUUCUCGUCGGAUGAUACAAGAUUUAGGUCACUAUUUGUCUGGUAAAAUUGUAAAAUAGAAUUUAUUUUAAAGUUGUC